UUUAAUUUUUCCCAUUUACUGAUCGUAUGGGAACCGAAGCAUUAUAAGAAAAUCUAAAAUUGCUUUAACCAAAAAUAUUUAUUUUAUCCAAACCUACCUUUUUAUCUAAAGCUCCACGGCCCAUACACUAUAUAUAAUACUCUCCUCUAUUGAGUUCUUUCAUAUCAAAACCUCCUGAUUUCAUUCCCUACUUGUAUUUGUUUCUUUAAAAAGAUAGUUUUCGUUAGAAAAUAAAAAGGACAUGGUUUUGCUUUCUUCAACACCGUCCCUGAACACCGGAAUGAAAGCGAAAGCCUCGCCCGAAUGUAACUUUCCGGUGAUUGAUUUCUCUUCACACGACCGGUCAAAACUAUCGGAGAAAAUCGUGAAAGCCUGUGACGUUAAUGGGUUUUUCAAGGUGAUAAACCAUGGAGUUAAACCGGAGAUCAUUUGGAGAUUUGAGCGUGAGGGCGAAGAGUUUUUUAAUAAACCGGGAUUGGAGAAGCAACGAGCCGGUCCGGCGAGCCCAUUCGGUUACGGAUGCAAGAACAUCGGGUUUAGUGGAGAUUUGGGUGAGCUUGAGUAUUUUCUUCUCCACGCAAACCCAACUUCUGUAGCUGAUAAAUCUGAAACUAUCUCACGUGAUGACCCCUUCAAGUUCAGCUCGGCCACUAACGAGUACAUACGCGCCGUUAAAGAUCUGGCAUGUGAGAUUAUUGAUCUUACGGCCGAGAAUUUAUGGGGCCAGAGAUCUAGCAAGGUGAGCGAGCUAAUCAGAGAUGUACAUAGCGACUCGAUCCUGCGGCUGAAUCACUAUCCACCCGCACCGUACGCGCUGAGAGGCGUUAGCCAAUUAGGUUUCGGGGAGCAUUCUGACCCUCAGAUCUUGACGGUGUUAAGAUCCAACGACGUAGAUGGCCUUGAGGUUUGCUCACGUGACGGCUUGUGGAUUCCUGUACCAUCUGACCCUACAUGCUUCUACGUAUUGGUCGGUGACUGCUUUCAGGCAUUGACGAAUGGGAGAUUCACAAGCGUGAGGCACAGGGUAUUAGCGAACACGGCAGGGAAGCCUCGGAUGUCGGCGAUGUAUUUUGCGGCACCACCGUUGGAGUCAAAAAUAUCACCGUUACCGGAAAUGGUAUCGCCGGAAAAUCCACGAAGGCUCGGUUGAUUUCGAUCACUAACAUUUGUAGAAUAUUCGUCAACAAAAACCCACUACCGAAUAAGUUUGUUAUACUCGUCUAUCAUUAACAUGAUAGUUGAGCUUAGAGACUGGAGAAUCUGCGGCAGUGAUAAUAACCGGAGGAUAAAACGACGGCCAUGAAAAUGUGUCCAUCAAACGGCAAUCUUUCUCGGGGGCAUGUCGUCAUAAGAUAGGUUUUAGGGUGAUAGAUGUGUGAAAACAAAAUGAUCAAAAUUUGUGGAAUGUAUUAUUGACGGCUGACAUAAAAAAGAAGAAGUACUAUUGGCAUUACGCGUGUGUGUGUGUUAUAUAUAAACACUAAACAGAUUCUUAAUUUGGAUAUAACCCAAUACUGUUCUAUUUGGUUAUAAACAGAUUUUUAUAUGGGCCAUUUGCAUAGUUAGCAAAGCAAAGUGGGCUUACAAUUAAAUUGGACUAAGAUGCAUGUGUCGAACAAA